AUGUCCCUCCCACUGUCUCUGCUGAUGGCCUUGGUGAUGCUCGGCUCCAAUCCUGCCUGCUCUCUGUGCUGUGACCUGCCUGUGAACCGAGACAAUCAGGAAUCCUUCACAGUUCUAAGUCAAAUGCAGAAAAUAUCCCUUGUGUCGUGUCUGGGGGACAGGACUGACUUCAGAUUGCCUCAGAUAUUGGCGGGCAUGACCCAGUUGGAGAAGACCCAAGCCGCUGUGGUUCUGCAUGGCAUGCUCCAGCAAAUCUUCAACUUCUUCAGCACAAGUAGUUCUCAUGCAGCGUGGGAUGAGAUCCUUCUGGACAACUUCCUCACUGGGAUAUACCAGCAGCUGGAAGACCUGGAGCUGUGCUUGGAAAAAGGAAGAAAGGUGGAACAGAUAUCUGUGGAAAGUGAGAACUCCAGGCUGGCUGUGAAGAAGUACUUCCAAGGACUCCGUCUGUAUCUGAAAGAGAAGGCCCACAGUCACUGCGCCUGGGAGAUCGUCAGGGUGGAAACCAGAAGGUGCCUGCUCUUCAUUACCAAGUUCACAGAAACCCUCAGGACAUGA